CCCUCCUCGCCUUCAUCUUCUUCUUCUCCCUCUCCUCCUCUUGCCUCUACUUCGUCUAUGUGGCUCCGGGCAUCGUCCUAGGAUCCUGAAGAAUUAUGCUAAAUCUACUCUGCCUGUGCUCUAGAAAUGGGAAAACAAAGCCUUGAUGAGAGCAAAUUUUCUUACAACAUGGUUUACUGAAUAUUUUAAGCCUACUGUUGAGACAUCCUGCUUAGAAAAAAAGGUUUCUUAUAAAAUAUUGCUGCUCGUUGACAAUGUACCUUGUCACUCAAGAGCUCUGAUGGAAGUGUGCGAUGAGCCAACACAUAUCUCUUUAUGGUACAAGCUCGAGGAAUAAUGUUGAGAGAAAAUGUGAAAACAAUAGGACAUAUGAUCAGGCUGUACACAAAUAAAAACACUACCCUCAAUGGUACAGAUUAUCCUGAAGGCAAUAAUUCAAGUGAUUAUCUUGUUCAAACAACAACAUACCUACCGGAAAACUUCACAUAUUCACCAUAUCUACCCUGCCCAGAAAAACUGCCUUAUAUGCGGGGAUUCCUCAAUGUCAAUGUAAGUGAAAUCAGUUUUGAUGAAAUUCAUCAACUCUUCUCCAAGGAUUUAGAUAUUGAGCCAGGAGGUCACUGGAGGCCUAAAGACUGUAAACCCAGAUGGAAGGUGGCAGUUCUCAUUCCUUUCCGUAAUCGCCAUGAACAUCUUCCGAUUUUUUUCUUGCAUCUGAUUCCAAUGCUCCAGAAGCAGAGGCUGGAAUUUGCCUUUUAUGUCAUUGAACAGACUGGCACACAGCCUUUUAACCGUGCGAUGCUCUUCAAUGUGGGCUUCAAAGAGGCCAUGAAAGACAGUGUCUGGGACUGCGUCAUCUUCCAUGAUGUGGAUCAUCUACCCGAGAAUGACCGAAACUAUUACGGCUGUGGAGAAAUGCCACGUCAUUUUGCAGCAAAGCUGGAUAAAUACAUGUAUAUUCUUCCAUAUAAAGAGUUUUUUGGUGGUGUAAGUGGACUGACAGUGGAACAAUUUAGAAAGAUCAAUGGUUUUCCUAAUGCCUUCUGGGGAUGGGGAGGAGAAGAUGAUGACCUUUGGAAUAGAGUUCACUAUGCUGGAUACAAUGUAACAAGGCCAGAGGGAGACUUGGGAAAAUACAAGUCUAUUCCUCAUCACCAUCGAGGUGAAGUCCAAUUUUUAGGACGGUAUAAAUUGCUAAGAUAUUCAAAAGAGCGUCAGUACAUCGAUGGGUUGAACAAUUUAAUAUAUACGCCAAAAAUACUGGUUGACAGGUUGUAUACAAAUAUAUCUGUAAACCUCAUGCCAGAGUUAGCUCCCAUUGAGGACUAUUAAAGGAAACAGCUCUCAUGGCAAGACAGACUGCAAUGCUGGAUCAUCAACUAGGAGCCUACUCUUACUGGAGGUCAGUGAGUGGGUGUGUCCUGGUGCGCUGCUGUGGUGAGAACGAGAGCCAGCAGCCCCCAGUGUUUACAGUGUGAGAUUAGAGACCAUCACCCACCCUCUUCUCUGAGACACACCCCCACAGCGAGCGCUGCAGAUACCCAAGGCCCUUGCUGAAAUCUGGAAGUUAAGAGAGCUCCCUACAAAGAGAAAAUUUUUAUACUAAAAUAUAUAAUUUAAUUCAAGAGAAUGCUUUAUUUCUGUUUAAACAUGUUUUGUAUAUAUGUGAUGUAAAUUAACGUGUUCAAAUUGUUGAAAAAAAGAUGUGUUGCAGUUUUGCAUGUAAUUGGUUAUGCCUUUAUCGGACUUUUAUAGACAUUUUUUAUUUGCAUGGAAGAAAACAAUGCAAAUAUAUGUCACUAAACAAAGGUUAACCCUUGUGUGAAAUGAAGGAACUGUCAAUAAUUGACAGUCAACUACCACAGUAAACUGUUACACUAGUUUUGAGCUUUAGACCUUCAGCCUUUUGUGUGGAAGAAGUCACAGCUUCCCUAGGGUUUUAAAGGGUAAGAAGAAAGUACUUAGACCACUUUUCUUCCUACCAGAAUUACCUGUUUUUUUCCUUGCUUGCAAUCCCAUCAGAUUUUACUAAAUCACAACCAUAUUGUUUAUGCACAUUGCAUGAGUAUUACCAAGAAAAUCUUAAACGUUGUGAUGUUAACAUGAUAUAAAGGACCUCUUUAUGUUAACUGUCUUUCAUGUAUCUUUGGUGUAAUUGUCAGGGAUUUUGUGCCUCAAAAAAUCUUCCUGAGGUAGCGUGUGUUUGUACACUGUAUUUUUUUUUUUAAUUCAUAGUGAACAGCACUUUUAUUAUUUCUAGUUCAGAAGAGCCAAAAAACAAUUUUCAUUUAAAAAAAAUCAAAAUGUUUUUAAAAGAAUGAGCUAUGGAAAACCCAGUAGUACUUACACAAAUGAAUUAUAAUAUUAGAUAAGAAAUUAAAUGUUCUAUUUUUAUGAAGAUAAAUGCUUAGUAGAUAAAAACAAGUUUUAAGUUUAAUUCUCAGACUCAUAGAAUUUCAAGUUUUUGAAGGGAACCUCUAAUGUCAACCAGUUUUAUUAGAACUAUAUAUUUUUUUCACUUUUAAGAAAUUACAUUCCUGGUAUUCUUAAAAUUGCCUCACUGAAAUGAUUUAAUAGAAUUAUAUUAAAAUAUAUAAUCAGUUAUUUAAAUGGAUUGAUGUUCUAGGACACUUCUCUGAGAACACUACCUGACAUCCAGUAUAUUACUUGAUCUUAAAUUUGGAUGAAGUUUUCAUGACAAAACCAAACAAUAUCCUUAUUUUGAAAAUUAUCAACUAUAGGUAACCAAAGAUUCUAGAAAAUAUCUUGAUAUUUUCACAAAUUUAAAACAAAAAAAUUAUGUAUCCAUAAAGUGAAUCUUCAAAAACAAUGAAGAACAAUAGAAAUCUAUCUAUGAGGGAGGUUGGGAUAAUAUUUGCCUCAUAGAUUGUUCACCUAAAACAGAAAUAUGGUUAUUUAUCUCAGGUUUGAGUUUAAUUUUGAAAUACCAUCUUUUAUGGCAGUAUUAGUAAUACAAAUGACCACAAACCAAAUCAUAACAUAAUUGAAAUUCUUAUACUUUGAAAAAACUGAUCACUCUCCCUUAUGAUACAAACAGAAUUUUCUGUAUUUAUUUCUCUAGCAGUAUGUCCAAAAUAUUUAUUUUCCAUUUUUUUAGUGGUCCUCAAAAUCACAAAAAAUCGAACUCUGAAAAGUUAAAAAAAAAAAUUUGUUCUGAAUUUGUGUAUCUGUUCAUUUUGGUCUCAUAGCCAAUGCAGUUUUUUUAAUUUGGUGAAAUGAAAGUUGGUUGGGAAUGUUAACAUUUGUGAUCACUAACAAGAUAGUAGGGGCAUAGGAGCAUAAUUGACCUAAUAAUACUUAAAUAUUUUUUUAAUACUUACAUAUUUUAACUGUGGGGAAAAUUAGGGCUGUUUCUGAGUCUUACUCGUAAAACAUAUUUUUUGCUUUUUAAUGUGGAGUGGCCCACAUUUUGGAAUUCUCAUUUUGAUACACAUUUUACAGUUUUAGGAGAACUCAGUUCUACUAGUAUCUGCCUUAUUUUCUUGGAUUAAGUCUAAUAGCCACUUUUGUGUUAUGAGUGAGCCAUGUUAUUUUGCUCUCUUCGGUUUUGAAUACGGUAUGUCAUCCUGUGAAAAUCAUCUCAUUAGUUUGUUUUUCGCUUUUACCCUCUUUGUUUUGUUUUGGUUUUGUGUGCACAUGUAAAAUUGAUUUUUGCCUAUAAAGAAUGACUUUUAUAUGUUUCUGGAAGGGUGAUAGAGAGUUUUGCUCAGUUAUCUUCCUUUUAUGAAAAUAAAUCUAUUGCAUAAAAUUUAACAAAUGCAUUGCAAAUGGAAAUUUCUUUUAUUGUCAUGUUUGGUGGAUUUCUUUGGGAACGUGUAUUGAUUGCCGACUCUGUAUGAAGUGCAAUGUGAGGUAUGCCAACAGAAAAAGUAUUGUAUUUCUGAACAAAUCAAAUCAAGCAAGUUGAAACCUUUCUAAAAUUAUGAAGACAUCCUCUGAUAACUUACCUGUUGUAUUUCUUAGGUUCAAAGUCAAGAAACACAUAUGUAGACAUGGGGCUAUCAUGAGGUCCCUAUGGCACUUACUGGGAAAGUUAUGUAGUGCCUGUCAGCUCGAGAGAGAAGUAACGAUUAAUGGCCUGUUUGUAGAAAAGAGAGGGGAAAAGUGUAGACAUGAGUAUUUUUUAAAAUCUACACUUAAAUUUGUUUGUAUUUUGUGAAAAGAUGUUCAACCAGAAAACUUAUUUACAGUAUUAUCCAAAUAUAUAAUUACGUGUUAAAAACUUGCCUAGACUUCUUUUCCAGCCAAACUAUUGAUAUCCAUUUUAAAACAAAAUGGGAAAAUAACCAAUACAAUACUGUCCUUCUUUUGGAGGCUUCCUACAAAUGAAAGCAGGUUUUGUGUUAUUUUGUUUGGCCUCUGCUUGUAUCUGCUAUAUUUCUCUGUGUACUUUUCAGAUGAAUAUUAGUACUCUAGAUUUGUUGCCUUGUAUUUGCAAGUAUGCCAAUUGAGAGAUCUAAAAUGACCAUAGUAUUGUUUAUCAGAAGGAGGAAGUGUACUUAAGAUUAUUUUAUUUAUUAGAUCUGAAAGGCUUCUACAUAAAUGCACUGAAAUAAAUGCUAGUAAUUUCUUGUACUCUCUCUUUUUUUUUUUUUUUUUUUUUGCUUCUCAUGGAAACGUUUGUACUUUUUUAUCAUUGUCUUUUAUGAAAUAUAAUGUUCUAAAGACUCCAUGUGACACUGUUAAUUAUUUUCGCUCAGGAACUUUUGGGGGCUUACCUGUUUUUUUUACUGUGUUUGUUUUCCUAAUUUUGAGGAGAACUGCUCAUGAAUACCUUGGUUGCACAAGAUGGCAGUAGAAGCAUAAAGCCGCCAUUGUGUUUGCCUUUGCAGCAGUUUAAAUACAUUUAGUGAUCUCAAAAUUUAAAUAUUUUUCAUCAGUACAAUUAGUAUACUACUUUACCAAGAAGAAUAUUUAAGGAGUCAUUUUUAACAUUUCUUCUGCCUACACAACUUGAGUAAACUAAGCUGGUGUGUUGUCCUUAGUGCCGUUCUUGUUUUCUAGGUAUCAGGUAGUGUUGAAGAUCUUUAAAGCAGAUAAUAUCUAGGGACUAGAUUUGUAUCUGAGCCUGCAAUGUGAAAUCAUGACUUUUGUCAACUUAAAUUAUUUAUGUAGUGAAUUACUAUUAAUUUUUAUGCAUAGAAUGAGCUAUAGAGAUACUGACACUGUACGUCACAAAUCCAAUCGUGAAAUCAUAAUCAUUUAGUCAUUUAAAUCAUACAGAGCCAUAAAAUUGAGUUGGCUUAGUCUGGACCAGGUUCCUACCUAUGGUACUAAUGUGUCCUCUGAUGAAACAUGCCAACUCAGUUGAAUGAUCUUAUAUCUGUAUUUUUUGUCCUAUAUUAAACACAUGGAUUUAAGGUUGUGGAGAUA